AUGUCCAAUGACCGACAGAAAUCCCAAAAGCCACAGCCUCCACAACCGCGGAACCACCUCCACUUCGACCCCUGGCAAUCAGGUUCAACAGGCCACCAGCGCGCAGCCCAAGGUGGCACAUUCAUAGGCUCGACAUCAUGGAGAACUGCACGCUCAGACAAACUGACCAAUCAGUACAAAAGUGGAGAUUGUCUGCCAGGACGAGAGCAGGGAACAAGGGAGGAACAGACGCUGGUACCCGGCGCGUUUGACGGGAAAUGCGGACCGGAUUCCCCGCCCAAAGCAUCCGGUGAAUGGGUCAUGUUGUCUGAAGACGAGGCGAUGCGCAAUAAACUCGGUGUACGGGAUAUUCGGUCAUUCAUGGGUGUUGGCAAAAGAAAGGCCAGUGAUGGAUUUGACAAUGUUAAGACGGAGAAAAGAAUCAAGUCUGCGGGUGUAGAUGGCCGGAUUCAAAACCCGGCCUUGGAUGUCCCAAAGACGGACAAAAGAGAGGAAACUCAGGCAUCAGCUCGACCGCUAUCAGAAAGAGGAUCCUCCCAAGACAAACCCCAUACAGAAUCCAAUACCUCCCUCGACCUAAGAUCAAAAUCAAAUAUUUUCGCCGGCAUCACAAUCUUCAUUAAUGGCUCUACUCUCCCCCAAAUCUCGGAGUACAAACUCAAGCAUCUCCUCGCCUCAAACGGCGCCAAAACAUCCAUUUACAUGGCCCGGAAGACCGUAACGCAUGUUCUGGUAGGUCAGCCGAAUACCGGAACCUCGGGUGCAGGUGGGGGUCUCUCUGCAAGUAAACUCCAGCAGGAGAUUGCGCGUGGGGGAUGGAAGGGUGUUAAGAUUGUUAGUGUGGAUUGGGCUGUGGAAAGUAUCAAGGCUGGGAAGAGGCUUGCGGAGUCUCUGUUUCCUGGUUUGCAUGUUGCUGCCAAGGGGCAAAGGAGUGUUGCUGGGAUGUUUGGUGCGCAGGUGAAGAAGUAA